UCCUCUCACUUCCACUUGCUGCUUUUUGCCGUUUGUAACAACAGCAGCAUCAGACAGCAUAACCUAAUGAUGGAAGAAUUUGAAGAUGGUGAAGCUCCUCCUGGAGAGGAGCUGGUUGAAUGCAAAACCUGUAAAAGAUGUUUCUUCCCUAAAGUCCUGGCGAAGCAUACUAAGAUCUGCCAGAAGUCAGCCGCGAAGAGGAGGAAGGUUUUUGACUCCAGUCGACAGAGAGCUGAGGGUACAGACAUCCCCACGCUUAAACCCAUCAAACCAAAGUCACAAAGUUCAUCUUCUUCUGGAAAAGCAGAACCCCCGAAGAAGCCGUCCAACUGGCGCAAGAAGCAUGAGGACUUUAUCGCUACCAUCCGGGCUGCCAAGGGCCUCACUCAGGUCAUGAAGGAUGGAGGACCUUUACCCCCGCCUCCACCUCCCACUUAUGACCCAGACUAUGUCCAGUGCCCUUUCUGUGAGCGGAGGUUCAACCAGGGUGCAGCUGAGAGACACAUCAAGUUCUGCCAGGAGCAGGCCGCCCGUAUGCCUAGCAAGGGCAAGUUAGGAGAAGUGAAGAAGCCUGCUGCUCGCACACCGACCAAGACUUCUGCUCCUGUAAAAAAGGUGACCACUCCUGCUGUGUCCACCAUCCCUUCAGCCUCCUCUCGUUUACCCCAGAGGUCUGGCAUCGGACAGCCCUCUGGGAUCCCCUCUAGUAAGAUCGCUUCUGCAGGUUCAGUGAGGACUAAUCCCUCCGGCUUGACAAGCCCUCCGUCAGGUGUUGGAAUUAAGACCCGGAAAGUGAGCUCUGGCUACGGCCCGGCGAGGAACACUCAGUCUGGAAUAGCACUCAAUAAGAAGAAAGACAACUACAUAUCAAGGAAUGAAAAUGACGGCAGUGACGAAAACUGUGACGGUGGAGUGAAGAGCAAGUUCUGUCAUUCCUGUGGGACCAAGUACCCCAUUGAGGCGGCCAAAUUCUGCUGCGAGUGUGGGAUCAGGAGGAUGUGUAUUUGAUGCAGGUCAGAGGAAGAAGAGACUCCGGGAUGCACCAGGACUUAAACUAGCACCAGAGUUUCAGCAAAGCUUAUCCGUCUGUAUUUUCACGCUUGGGUGUAAUUUCACGACAGCACUGUGGUGUGAUCAGCAGACUACCCAACGCUGCGGUGUUUUCUUUUCUGUCGGCUUCAUAUCUUCAUGGAUUUUGCUGAUCCAUUCCUCUCUUCUCAUCUAUCAGUUCUGCUGGAUAUAUACAAUUCUUGAUUUCCUUUUCAAUAAUCAUAAUCUACAAAAAUGUUGAUAGUAGGCUGAUGGAUUUCAAACUUAUGUUAAACUGUGUAAAGGUCCAAGAUAUCAGCAGCCUUUGAAAGAAAAAUAACAUAUCCAGUUUUGAAAGAAAUCUGAUCAGAAAAAACCUUGUUUUAUUGUCUUUGGGCAAUAAUAAAGAGUUGAGCAACCUAUAGAGAAGAGCACAUGUCAUGAUAAAAGAUGAAUAAGUAAAGAUGAGAUAAGAGAGAUUAGAUCAAAUUGAGAGGCAGAUGGUAAAAUAGGAAGAUGAAAGAAAAUGUGUAAUGCGAGUCAUUUGGAGGUGGAUGUGAUUUCCUCUGUAUCUUUAUCCCCAUUCAUCCAUGAUCUGAAAUGCAUUCCUUAAUCCCAUUCGCCUCUGCUUCCUCAAACGGUUCCAGUUGAAGUGCAAUAUGAUUCACUACUGAGGAAAACAACAUUGUUAUUCUGAAAGACAAUUUGUUGUAAUUUUGGAGAGACAUCACCUAGCAGUUCAAAGGUCAGCUCCCCCUUUAAGGUCACUUUACAGGCACCGUUUGUUUCCAGCUAUCUUAAGAUCAGCAUUGUACGCCUGAUGUCUCUAAACGUGUAGCAAAACUCUUUUAUUCAAACUUAUUUUAUACAAUUUAAUAUUUAUUUUCCUUUUCCAUUUGUCUUUUACUAAAUGAACAAUGACUGAAUCCUUAAUUCUCUACGGAAUUAAAAUGUGUUUUUGAAAAGCAAUUAAACCCUAAAUGAACUUGGGUUGUGUUGCAAUUGCAUUUUUCCUACUAUUGAUUCAGUAUGCAGUGCAUUAAGGUAUUUAGGGUCAAAAGUUAUCAUUUGAAAUGCCCUAUAUGGAAGUGACCUAUAUAUCACUGCCCCCCCUCAGUCGAUUGACAGGUAGAACACUAAGACGGAAAGGUACAGUGUCUAGGUCAUCUUUUAUUCCUUUGAAAACUAAGAAAGUUACAAUGUUCAAUAAGCCAUGAAACAUAAGUAUAUUAUGUUAGAUGAAUGACAUGUUUGACAGGGGUGUUUCCUGUACUGGUUGUUAGCCUGGAUAAAUUGUGCACUUGAUGGCAUGUUUUUCCAUCAUCAAUAAAUGUCUUUGAAGACA